GCGCAGUCGCCUCACCAGUCAGAGCUCCGGUCUUCAGCGCUGCCGUUACGCACAGGUUCAUCUCAUCUCCAAGCACCUGACUUACAAAGACACGUACGCGGAUUUUCGCCCUCUUUAUGACACGAUGUAAGGCAGAUAUGUGGGCUUUUCGUUAAAGGAUAUGGUCACUGUUGAGCUGCCAAAGUGGAGCCGCGCGUAUCACGGAUCGGGGCGCUCCUGCAGGGUCUAGGAUGCGCGCCCGGAACAUCCCGAUUCUUACCCGGGUUCGGGGCUGAGAAGGAGUCCUCUGCCCUUGCUGGGCGCAGAGGCGGGAGGAGGACACAGUCGACCCGCACCAGGAUGCCUGUGAUGAGAGGUCUGCUGGCCCCGCAGAACACCUUCCUCGACACCAUCGCCACCCGUUUCGAUGGCACCCACAGUAACUUUGUGCUGGGGAAUGCGCAGGUCCAGUCUCUGUAUCCCAUCGUGUAUUGUUCUGAUGGCUUCUGUGAACUCACUGGUUAUGCCCGUGCGGAACUGAUGCAGAAGAGCUGUGCGUGCCAUUUCCUGUAUGGGCCGGAGACCAGUGAUAGGCUGAUGGCACAGAUCCAGGGUGCACUGGACGAAAGGCGGGAGUUUAAGACAGAGCUGGUCUUCUAUAAAAAAGGCGACGAGGAGACGGGGCUGGAGGUGCACAAGGUCACGCAGCCACCAGGCUUCAAUGCCAACCGGCGACGCAGUAGAGCUGUGCUUUACCAGCUGUCUGGACACCUGCAAAAGCAAGACAAGAGCAAACUCAAGAUCAACAAUAACAUGUUCGGUGAGAAGCCGCCCAUCCCAGAGUACAAAGUGGCAGCCAUUCAGAAGAGCCGUUUCAUUCUUCUCCAUUACGGCACCUUCAAAGCUGGCUGGGAUUGGCUGAUCUUGUUAGCCACCUUUUAUGUAGCAGUUACAGUGCCCUACAAUGUCUGUUUCACCGUCGUCGGUGGGCGGGAUGAGUUGACGACCCCUAGAAAUCCACCGAGUGUGAGCGACAUCUUGGUAGAAAUCCUUUUUAUGUUAGAUAUUGUGUUAAACUUUCGCACCACAUUUGUGAGCACAUCAGGCCAGGUGGUGUAUGAUGCGCGCUCUAUCUGUGUGCAUUAUGUCACCACCUGGCUCUUUGUGGACCUGAUUGCUGCGCUACCUUUUGACCUGUUGUACGCCUUCAAUGUCAGUGUGUACUUUGGAGUUCAUCUGCUGAAAACAGUUCGAUUGUUACGGCUUCUACGCUUGCUGCAAAAGCUGGAGCGCUACUCCCAGUACAGCGCAGUGGUACUCACAUUACUUAUGUCCAUGUUCGCCUUGCUGGCACAUUGGAUGGCCUGUGUCUGGUAUAUCAUCGGCCGCAGCGAGAUUGAGAACAACAGCCCUGGUUCCUGGGACAUUGGCUGGUUGCAUGAGCUGGGUAAACGUCUGGGCACCCCCUAUUUACUGUCCCCUCUUGCAUCCCUCAUUCCUGAUUCACUGCGCCCCACCAUCUUGGAUAGAUUGGUGGUCAAUUCAAGCCAGUGGAACGGCACUGAUCUGGUGGGACAUGAGUCUGUGUGGAACUCGAGCCAAUGGAACACAACAGGAGCGGGACCAGUGGGCACUUCAAACGCAGGACAAACUGGAGCCGUACUGGGAGGCGGGCCCUCGAUUCGGAGUUCAUAUGUGACAUCACUGUACUUCGCUUUAAGCAGUCUGACCAGCGUGGGCUUUGGCAAUGUCUCAGCUAAUACUGACUCAGAGAAGAUCUUCUCUAUCUGCACCAUGCUGAUUGGAGCACUCAUGCAUGCCGCGGUCUUCGGUAACGUGACGGCCAUUAUCCAGAGGAUGUACUCGCGCCGCUCGCUCUAUCACACUCGUACCAAAGACCUCAAAGACUUCAUCCGCGUGCAUCGACUGCCCAAGGCCCUCGCGCAGCGCAUGCUGGAGUGCUUUCAGACGACAUGGUCUGUCAACAAUGGCAUCGAUGUCAGCGAGCUUUUGAAGGACUUCCCAGAUGAACUGCGGGCUGACAUUGCUAUGCACCUGAAUAAAGAGCUGCUCCAGCUGCCUCUGUUUGAGUCGGCCAGUCGAGGGUGUCUGCGCUCUCUGUCGCUCAUUAUCAAAACCUCCUUCUGUGCUCCAGGAGAGUUCCUCAUUCGCCAGGGUGACGCUCUGCAGGCCAUCUACUUUGUCUGCUCAGGCUCCAUGGAAGUGCUUAAGGACAACACUGUGCUGGCUAUACUGGGAAAGGGAGACCUGAUUGGAUCGGACUCGCUGACAAAAGAGCAGGUGAUCAAGACCAACGCAAACGUGAAAGCACUGACGUAUUGUGACCUGCAGUACAUCAGCCUAAAGGGACUGCGUGAAGUGCUGCGCCUCUAUCCUGAAUACGCCCAGAAGUUUGUCAGCGAAAUUCAGCACGAUCUAACCUAUAACCUGCGGGAGGGCAGUGGAGCUGACCUGGACUGGGAAAGCAAUGGUGGUCUGGGGAAGAAACUUCCUGCUAUCCGUGAGGACGAGGAGAAUGAUGAAGAGCAGCACUCAGUAUCAAGGGCCCCACGUUCUCCUCUUCGCCUCACCCGGGGCCUCAGCUCCCCCCUGCGAUCGCCUCUCCUCCCCCCUCGCCCCUUCCGCCCUCCGUCAGACCACACGCGACCCGCCACCCUCCAGAUCCCUGUGGUCAGUUUCAGCAGCGUCCCUCCAGAACUCAGCCCCAGGUUUGUGGACGGCAUAGAGACAGAAAGCAAUUCCAGCUCAACACAAAGGUUUGAGUUCGGUCCCACCCUACCUCAGAGCGGUCCUCCAUCCCCUUCCCCAGUGAACCAGGAGCAGCUGGAGACCAAGCAGAGCAUCACCAAACUGAGUGAGGAGAUGACUAGUCUAUCCCAGCAAGUCUCUCAGCUGAGCAAAGAGCUACAGGAAAUGACACGUCUCCUCCGGCCCUUGCUUGUCAUUGGAUCUCAACCUCUCCAGACAGCCCUUAGGCCAACAAUGCUUCCAUCUCCCAGCAGUAGCAGCGGUCCAACAAUAUCCACGCCACCAGCUCCUUCGCCCACAGCCACAUCGUCUGCACCACUCAGAUCUACUUGCACCCUAUUGGACAACGCAGACACUGGGAGCAUUGGCUUGGCCAGCUGUCUCAUACCCACCAACUUGCCGCAGAGACCCCAAGCACAGGCUCAGGCAGGCUGUUCGAGGGAACCUUCCUUUCCAGUCCUUCUUUCUCCAGUGACAGCCCAAACGGAGGGGGAAGGCACUCAGGCAGCUCCGGCCCAGCCACCGCAAGCCAGCCACCCCCUAUCCCCAUCUCUAACCUUUUCCUUCUCGCUCCCUUCUUUCCGCUCCCAAUCUACUUCCUGCUCUCCCUGCCAGGGUCCUCACCGACCUGCCAGUCAUAGCAGAGGUUUGCUACCUCGACCCCCCUCACAGGACACCUCACCUCUACCGCUGUCUCAUUGCUCUGCACCACCCUCAAUCAGUAACUCCCCUGGUGACCACAGGCUGGGAAUCAGUCAGUUUCCCUCAUCCCCUUCCUCCACUGCCACCGCCCCUCAGGUCCAGCCAGGGCCGUGCACCCCUCCUUCUUGUCCGCACACCUCCCCUUCUUGUCCACACACCUCCCCCCCACCCUUGCCCUGCUUCCUGGACUCCCUGCCAGAAACCCAGGCCUCUUUUGUCACUUCACAGUCCCCGCAGAACCCCAGGCCGGGACCUCCUCAGUUAGAGUUUGAGAUGCAAGAAUGGGCAGCAGGAGGAAGGCCUUCCACAGAGCAUAUCAGCUUCAUAAAUGAAGAGGGACCGCCACUGUGAGAGACUGAAAGAUGAAUACUACGAUUAGUUGACUUAGCAAAUAGGGGAGUGGUGAACUGGGCUGUGACUGCAGUUACCCCAACACACCUACAUUCUGAAUGACAGACAAAACUGAUUGCUGUUCCUUCAGGAUGAUACUCUUGUAAUUGGAUAGCUUGUGGCUCUUUUCUAAACCCUAGUGAGCUGCCUACUUUUACAGACAGCAUUUUUAGGUAUCAUAGGCAAUUAGGCAUGGUACUGACACCUUUUUCAAAUGGCAGACAUCU